UUAUUCUCAGAUGGCCAAUCCAGAGGAAGAGGAAGGCAACAAGAUAAAAAACAUGGGCAGACUUCACCAAGUACAGAAACCAACAACUGCAGCAGCUGUGCUUCUGCCACUGCUGCUGUUGCUCUUCCUCCCACCUUCCGCCGCCUUCACUCCCCAUCGCUACUAUCACCAUCAUCGCCGCCCACACCAGUUGAAUUUGACACCUCAAUCUGCCGUCUCCGGCGGCCGCGACGGUGGUCAAUGGGAGCUCCUUCAGCGUUGCAUCGGCGUCUCGGCCAUGCAUAUGAUCCUCCUCCACAACGACCGGGUUACCAUCUUCGACCGCACUAGCGGAGGCCCCUCCAACAUCUCCUUCCCAAACUGCGACCCCGCUGCCACCUCCGAAUGCACGGCCCACUCCGUCGAGUACGACGUCGCCGCCAACUCUGUCCGGCCAUUAACUGUUCUAACUGAUACUUGGUGCUCUUCCGGCGCCACUUUGCCAGAUGGCAAGCUCGUCCAGACCGGCGGAUGGACCACCGGCGGGCGCAACGUCCGUGUGUUCCAGUCGUGCGACGACUGGAAUUGUGAUUGGCAAGAGAUUGCCGACGGCCUCGCUGCUCCGAGGUGGUACGCUUCCAAUCACAUUUUGCCGGACGGUCGCCAGAUCAUUAUCGGCGGUCGCCGGCAAUUCACAUAUGAAUUCUACCCCAAGGACAGUACAAAUCCUGGAGCGAUUUACUUCCCGUUCCUUCACGAAACAUUCAAUUACAUGUCGGAAGACAAUCUCUAUCCUUUCGUUCAUUUGCUACCGGACGGAAACCUCUUCGUCUUCGCCAACAACCAAUCCAUAAUGUUCGACUACCGGAGAAAUGCCGUGGUGAAGAGAUUCCCGGUGAUGCCGGGGGGCGGAUCCCGGAACUAUCCAAGCACCGGAUCUUCAGUAAUGCUCCCGUUGGUGAUGAAUUCCGAUCCCGCAAUGAUCAAGGUGGAAGUUCUGAUAUGCGGCGGCGCUCCUGCAAGGUCCUUUUUCCGCGCCCACAACGACGGUACAUUUGUCGACGCACUUUCGACGUGCGGCCGGAUAACGGUCACAGACAGGACGCCGGAAUGGUCGAUGGAGACAAUGCCGAUGCCGAGGGUGAUGAGCGACAUGCUGCUGCUCCCGACCGGCGACGUCCUCAUAAUCAAUGGCGCAUCUUCGGGAACUGCCGGCUGGGAGAGUGCCCGCAAGCCGGUGGUUUCUCCGGUCAUCUACCGGACCUGGCGAACAUCCGGUUCACGAUUCGACCUACAGAACCCGACCACUAUCCCCCGAAUGUACCACUCCACGGCGGUGCUACUGCGGGAUGGCCGGGUACUGGUCGGAGGCAGCAACACACACCCUAGAUACAACUUCACCAGCCUCUUCCCCACGGACCUCAGCCUCGAGCGCUUCUCGCCAGACUAUUGCUUUUCGCCGUCGCGGCCAACAAUACUAUCCCCAACCUCACAGACGUCUCUCGCCUACGGACAGAACUUCGCCUUGGAAUUCUCCGUUUCCGGCGUGAACCCGUCGGAAGUGCCUGUCUCUGUUAGCAUGGUGGCGCCUCCCUUCAACACACACUCUUAUUCCAUGAACCAAAGGAUGUUGGUGCUGCAGUGGAAUGGGAGAGUCGCCUUGGCUGCCUCUUCGAGCUCAAGUCCUGCCUAUGAUGUAUGGGUAUCGGCGCCGCCGUCGUCAGCGGUGGCGCCGCCAGGGUACUAUCUUCUGUUUGUGGUGGUGGAAGACGCGGCUAGCGAGGGAAUAUGGGUGCACAUACAGUGAGGAAACUCGGCGACAAAGAUCCAAAUAAACGAUAGUAAAUUACUCCUCAUAUCUCUUUAGAUUCACAUGCAAUAAAGAUCAUAUGUAUACAUGGUUUUGUUCUUCUUAAUUUUCUUCUUCCGUUGUGUGGUGACGUGGUUGAUUGAAAUUCAUUUUGUAUUCUGACAUCCCAGUCGUGGAUUUAAGUGAUCAACGGCUUUUAUUUG